AUGCAUAACUUAUUAAUAUUAGAUUUAUUUGAUUUUGAAUAUAAAUUAAAUGAGAUUACCAAUACUAAUGCAGAUCCUGAUGGAUUAGAGAUUAUUUUACUUGCAUUAAGAAAUUCACUUUUUAUUAUUUAUAAAAAUGGUAAGCCUGGAAUGGAUAAUUCAUCAAGUAAAGAUUUACUUUUAAUUUUUGGAUAAAUAUUAGCUGAAUCAGAUAUUUUUAGAAAUACAAAAAAAUAAUAGAAAAAAAAGUGUCUCAUAUAAAAAUAAAAUUAAUAAAUAAGACAAAAGAGUAAGAGGGUGUGAUUCCUGCUCCUAAAUUUAUAUGUGAAGUUAAUUAAGUCAAGGAUUUUUAAAAUCUAAAUAGAAUAAUUAGACAUUAAUUCAAAUAACUUUCAUGUUUAUUAAAAAGAAAGGAAUCCCAAUAAAACCAAGUAUAUUGAAUAUAAGAUUAAAAUAGAUUGAUAAAAUAGUAUCAUAAAUGAAUUUAAACGAUUUUACAGUUGAUCAAUUACUAAGUUUGUCUGAUCCAGAUUAAUUAAAUGAAAUUACAAUAAUUAAGUGA